CGGAAUCGAUAUAUCAUAUCAUAGGUUCCGGGGUCUUCACACAUGUAUGAGCUGCUAGCCUAGUAUUGACCAAUUUGUUCGUCAUUUAUUUUUUUCUGUUGGCCAGGAUGCAGAUAUGCAGUGUGUGCAGCGAACACACACCGAAAUACAGAUGCCCAGCCUGCAAAAUAAGAUAUUGUUCACUUGGCUGUUACAAGAGGCAUAAAGACACUUGCCUUCCUGUUGAGCAGCCUGCACCUAUUGAGCCUAAAGUGAAGGAUUCUUUCAACACUGAGACGUGGACUGUUGAGGAUCUUCUGCAGGAAGAGGAGGACAUUGUUGACAAAGUGCCUCUGCAGAGGCUCCAGCUGUUAGGUCAGUCCAAAGAGCUAAGAGAUCUUCUGUGCAACCCCCAUCUGAGACAGUUGCUGCGCUCCAUUGACAGCGCAGACAGCAAAGACGAUGCGAUGAAGGCUGCCAUGCAGGAGCCUCUGUUUGUAGAAUUUUCCGAUCAGUGUUCGAAAAUUGUCGAUAAUUAAGCAAAAUCAUCAACAGCCAAUAAAGCUGACUAUUUGUAAAAUAGUGCCUGCAUUGGUUUUUCUAUCUGAUCACUUUUGAUUAUAUUUAUGUAUAAAGUCUUGGAAUAAGCAA